UAAUACCACUGAUCUUCAGCUGCUUUGAAAAGAAGAAGAAAGAGUGGAGCCAUGGUUGCAAUCUCGCAGAUGUAACAAGGUCUUUGAUUAAGCCAAGAGUUGAAAAAAAAUAAAUUGGGUUUUUGUCCAUAAGCACUGGGUGAAUGAGGUCAGACAAGUUAGUGAAGUGAAAGUUGUGGUAAAUUGUGACAUUUGUUGAUGUUGUUGUGGUGGGGAAGAGAGAGUAUGUGAGUAAGUAAUCCAUGUCUAGCCCACCAUCUUUUUUCUUUGCCUUAAAUGAGAACUCUUAAAAUUACUUAACUUCUUCAUCUCCCACACUUUUCAAGAUAAAACCCACCAGCCUACAGCAACUCCUUUUUUCUUAUCUUCAUCCCUUAACCAUGUUCGUAUCCUUUUAAAGUUGUACAAAGAUUGUUAUUUUUUUCUAUUCAAAAGACUGUUUAUUUGGGUCAUUUAGUUUCCGUGGGAUUUCUUUGAUUUUUUUUUGAAUGAAAAAAAUGGGGACUGAAGGGAAACAUGUGUCUGUGGAACAUGAACUUGGAGGUGGUCCAAGCCAGAGAACUACUCCAGUUCAACAGGUUGAUGAUUCAACAGGAAUAACCGAGGAAACAACUCGUUCUCAUCAUUGGAGGCGAAGCAAUCUCUCUCUAGAGUUACCCUCGAGAACUUUUGAAGACUCCUCUCAAGAGUCUGUCAUAAUAAAGAUGCCCCCAACGCCGAGUCUGACUCCCAGGAAAGUGAAUUUUCUCUUGACACCGAGUCCAUCUGAUGCAAGAAUUAGUGGAUCCCCAGGUCCCUCCACAUCUAGAGGCAAAUCAUCCUUGAAGAGUCUCUUGCCAAAACUAAGCUUCAAGCAGAGAAAUGUUAAUUCAGAUAUCGAAAAGGCUGCAAUCUUUGCGCCUGAAUCUUCUUCUACUUCACUAAGAGAGAAGCCCUCCAUUGCAAGGACAUUGUCACUUUCAAAGAUUUUUACUCCUAGGAUAAAAAGGACAGCGUCACUACCUGUAGUAACUCAAAUUGCAAAUGCGAACCUGGAACCUACGAGCAGUGGAAGCCUAGGUGGCUCUGUAAAUUCUAGUAGAAAAGGUAAUGUGCUGCAGAUAUCUCGCUCUUUUUCUGUUCCCUUAAAUGACAAGGAAGGAACAACAUUAAGGAGAAUGGAUUCAUUUUUCCGAGUAGUUCCCUCAACUCCACGAGUAAAGGAAGGAGAAAUAAGUUCAAAUGCUUCCGUGGGACCUGAUGCUGAAAAUGGCAAUCCUGAUGGUGAGGACAUACCAGAAGACGAGGCUGUUUGUAGGAUUUGUCUGGUUGAAUUGUGUGAAGGAGGUGAAACACUGAAGAUGGAAUGCAGUUGCAAAGGCGAACUUGCUUUGGCACACAAAGACUGUGCCGUGAAAUGGUUCAGCAUCAAAGGCAACAAAACUUGUGAUGUGUGCAAGCAAGAGGUUCAGAAUCUACCUGUCACUCUUUUAAGAAUACAAAGUAUUCGAGCUCGAAACGGUGCUCUUCAGGCUGAUGCUCAAGGGUACAGGGUUUGGCAGGAGGUCCCUGUUCUUGUCAUUGUCAGCAUGCUUGCAUAUUUUUGUUUUCUUGAGCAGCUUCUGGUCGGAAAAAUGGGUACCGGAGCAAUUGCUAUAUCUCUUCCAUUUUCGUGUGUGCUUGGCCUCCUUUCUUCCAUGACUUCAUCAACAAUGGUGCAGCGGAGAUUUGUCUGGGUUUACGCAUCGAUUCAAUUUGCUUUGGUGGUUUUCUUCGCUCAUAUAUUUUAUUCUUUGGUGAAAGUACAGUCAAUUCUAUCAAUUCUCCUGGCAACAUUUUCUGGAUUUGGUAUUGCAAUGAGUGGGAGUUCGAUCAUUGUCGAAAUCCUUCGAUGGAGAAGAAGGUGGCAGGCUUGGUGGCAGCAGCGACAUAGAUCGCAAACGACGACUCAUCCACCAAUCCAAUCCCCUAGGGCUGUUAAUUCACCUCAGACACACAGAAGUCCUAAUGUAAGCCAACAAAAUGCAGAAACUUUCACCGGGAUCUGAACCGGUUGCUUACUCGAGAACGUGAAAAUGGAGGCUUUCACACUAUAAUAUAUUAUUUAUACAAAGUUCAAGCAUCGAUGCUUCCUUCUGUAAUGUAAAUCAAAUAGGCUAGCAUACAAGAAAAAGAUUGGUUCAAAGACCAGACAUCAAGGAACCUUGAAAAUUUGCGUCUUUGAGGUUGAUCUCCCAAGAGGCUUCCAUGAAUUAUUAGGUUAUAAUGUGCUUGCGAAAGGCUAUAUAAAUAUGGAAUACAUGUUUGCGAUUUUA